GUUGAGCAUAUAUUUUGUUUCCCUCCAUGGUUUCUCCUCUCCGACUAACUUAGCGUUUGGCUCACUUCAUUAUACAGUCCUAUAUUCUCCCUCCAUUAGGGCAUCACUGCCUUUGGACUCGAGAUCCCGCGGAGACCCGAGAGAGAAAAGUUUCAGCGCCACACCACACGAUGGAAAUGGAAAAGAGGAUCCACUUGGAGCUAAGAAACCGGGCACCGGCUGAAGCGCGAGAACUUGUCCUGGACAACUGUCGAUCAGGGAACAUCGAAGGCCUGACGGAGGAGUUUGUCAACCUGGAGUUCCUCAGUUUGAUAAAUGUUUGCUUAAUUUCGGUCUCAAACCUGCCGCAUCUAGCAAAGCUCAAAAAGCUGGAGUUGAGUGAUAACAGAAUCAGUGGUGGCCUUGAUGUUUUAGCAGAGAAACUCCCAAACCUCACACAUCUAAACCUGAGUGGCAACAAAUUGAAAGACAUCAGCACAUUAGAACCAUUGAAAAAGUUGGAACACCUGAAGAGUCUGGACCUUUUUAACUGUGAAGUGACAAACCUGAACAACUACAGAGAGAGCGUGUUCAAGCUGCUGCCACAGCUCACCUACUUGGACGGGUACGACGUGGAUGAGAGAGAAGCGUCCGACUCAGACGGAGAGGUGGAUGGAGACGGAGCCGAUGAUGACGACGACGAGGAGGGAGAGGAGGAGGAAGACGAGGACGGUGAGGAGGAGGACUUUGAUGAAGACGAGGAUGACGACGAAGAUGAAGAGGAGGGAGACGGCGAGGAGGACGAUGAUGAGGUCAGCGUAGAAGAUGAGGAGGAAGAUUUCGGGCAGGACGGAGAGGUGGACGACGAAGAUGAGGACGAAGAUGAAGACGAGGACGAAUCAGCCCGGGGGGUGAAAAGAAAGCGAGACGGCGAGGAUGAGGACGAGGAGGACGAGGACGAAGACGACGAUUAAGAGCGAAACUGAAAACGAGAGCCGACCGAGUGACCCUUUCUCCCCAAUGUCCGUUCCCCCCUGCGACUCACGCCACUGUUAGAAUCCGUGUCUGCCCCUGAGCGACGUCACGGGGCAAGACUGCGCUGGACAGGUGGGCCGAGCGGAGAUGCCCCGCCCCUGGCCAUUUUUAUUCUCCCCCUACAAAGAACUGAAGUCCACCAAACAAGCUCCACUUCUCCCGACGGCCUUGAGCUUCUCAGGCCGUCCACCACUCUGCAUUCCACAAUUUCACUGUCGAUCCCUCUCUGUGUUCCAUGUGAGGACUUUGGGACUGGUUUCUAGUUUUUGGGUCUGUGCUUUUAAUAUUUCGUUGGAUGGUUUUUUUUUUUGGUAUUGUUGGAUUUGUUAUCUCUUUAUUUUCCCAUCCCUUUUUUUUUGUUCCCCUCCUUGUUUUCCCAAUAAAAUUAUUGCUAUAGCAGCUGUGCAACCAGCAAGCCAUGAUUUUUGUUUGUGUGGCCACCUGUUGCACAAAUCAAGGUUGUAGCUACAUUUUUACUUUCUGUAAGACGAGAAAACAACUUUGUAAAUAAAAAUGUAAACAUUU